AUGGACGAUGAGUAUGAUGAGAUUAUACCAUUAUCCUUCUUCCGACAGGAUAUAACAGUUGUUAUCGUCUAUUCUGUAUUCUAUGGACUUGUCUUUAUUAUUGGACUGUUAGGCAAUGUGUUUGUUGUUCUGGCCGUUGUCUCACAUGCUCAAUUACGAAGUACAACUGAUUAUUUGAUUUCUUCAUUAGCCCUCGCUGAUCUAUUGAUUAUAUUGUUUUGUCUUCCAACAACAUUACUCAACAACAUCUUAACAGAAUGGCACUUGGGAGUUUUGUUCUGUAAGAUGUCAACUUGGGUCAAUUCAACAACAUCAUGUGCUUCCAUCUAUACGUUGGUUGCUGUAACUGCUGAUAGAUAUUUGGCAAUUUGCCAUACCCUCAAGUAUACAUUAUGGGAGACGACCUAUACCUUAUAUGCUAUUGGAGCUAUCUGGAUAAUCAGUGGUGUGUUAGCGAUUCCAAAUUUGUUUAGUAUGGACGAGGUUAAUAUGGUUUAUAAUAACCAGAACUUGACAGUUUGCAUUGCAUCAUCUGAUCAGAAGUUACAUUUUCUCAUUGUUAACUUAACAUUAGCAUUUGUUGUUCCAUUUUUACUCAUUUCCGUCUCAUAUACAAAGAUCUUCAUAACUGUCUCUAAUCAUAGAAGUCUGGCUGUGGAUGCUCAUAUACGCGAUGAACGCGUGAAAAUGAGAGUUGCAACCAUGAUGUUGACUGUUAUUGUCGUUUUUGCCCUUUGUUGGCUUCCUUUAUAUGGUAUUUACAUUUAUUUCUUCUUUUUUUCUGAUCAUGGGUCCUACAUGUUCUUGAUUGCAUCACAGGUGUUGCGACCUUUAUUCCAAUGGUUAGCCUUAUCAAGCAGUUCCCUCAAUCCGUUUAUCUACAUAGCGUAUAGUCAGAAAUACCGCAGAGCUUUUCAUCGAAUACUUCUUUUACCAUGUCGAUCCAGAUAUGAAAGAGUACGAGGAACUUUGCUCAGGACUCACGAUAACUCAACAUCUCAAGGACAAUUCAAGAAAAAUUCAUUAAUGGAUAUCAGUACGAAUUGUGUUGGAGCAUCAACUAUGGCUUCUGGUGUACUGGAUGGUUCAGCUUCUCCAAUGCUCACAAUUCUCGAAAGUCCGAAAUCGGAUAGGAAAGCCGAUACUGAAGCUAGUGAAUGA